AUGGCAUCGAACGGUGACGCUUACGCUUUUAAUGGUGGCCCUCCGUCUGCAAUUGGAAAUGCGGUGAUAAAAUCAACUGCGCCAAUUGGCAACAGAGGCGUCUUUGUGGAGAAGCUGCCCCUCAACCGGGGCACCAAAGACCGGUUUCAGAGUCGUUUAGUGGUAAAUAGACCUAACUACAACUACUACUCAUCGGGAUUCCUUGAGCGUGCCAGACUACUGGAGAGGGAAAGGAUCCGCGCGGGAUUGGCUCAUGUAGAAAUAUUGAUGAACAAUCCUAAUGAAUAUGGCUAUGUAAUGUUGGAUGAUAGAGCGCUGAACGUCCUUGCCAGUCUUAUUGAUAAAAUAUUGCCGAAAGACAUUAAUUUACAUUAA